CUCUCAAACACCCUUCACACCAAGCUGCAAACACCAUUAGCCUGUACAUCCAGGAGAUAUGAUCAGCACUUUCUGUAGCUGUGCCAAGUACUCCUUGUCUGCUGUCAUCCUAUAGGGAGAUAAUGAGUCUUCUUUCUACACUGCUAUACCCAGUCCAAGGUCCAUUAUUAUAUGAGAACAAAAGGACUUCAUCCUUUCCAUGUUGCUGUGUCUCAGGGGAUUUGGGGAGCCCUUCAGAGCUGGAUCGAACAGAGCUGAUUUCAAAGCUUUUGCCCUGUUUUGCGUGGAAGUGGCUGAGUGGCAAGCUGUGCCGUGCUGGGCCUAAUUUUAAGCUGCUGAUGUGUGAUGUGUUUGGGGCUCUGGCUGUGUCCAAGAUUUGUUUGCUUUGUUUGGACUUACUCCCUGGUUUUGACCGAGCCACCACCUACACUCCCUGUCUCCAUCCACGGAGCCUCGCCGCUCUGGAAGAGCUCACAUUCCCCAGUGCUUGCUUGCAGUUUAUAAUAAAUAAGAUCGAAGACAUCGUUACACGAAUACAAGAUGAGAAAGCAGGAGGUGUGGCCAUCCGGACUGUCAAAAGCUUCCUCUCAAAGAUCCCCAGUGUAGUAUCAGGGGCGGACAUCGUUCAGUGGCUGAUGAAAAACCUUUCCAUUGAGGAUCCAGCUGAAGCCAUCCACCUUGGGAGUCUGGUUGCUGCCCAUGGUUACAUAUUCCCCAUCUCUGACCACGUCCUGACACUUAAAGAUGACGGAACCCUUUAUCGCUUUCAGUCUCCAUACUUCUGGCCUUCAAACUGUUGGGAGCCUGAGAACACAGACUAUGCCAUUUACCUGUGCAAGCGCACCAUGCAGAAUAAGGCCAGGCUUGAGCUAGCUGACUAUGAGGCUGAGAACCUCGCCCGGCUGCAGAGGGCAUUCGCCAGGAAGUGGGAAUUUAUCUUCAUGCAAGCUGAGGCUCAAGUCAAGAUCGAUAGGAAGAAGGACAAGGCAGAGAGGAAGAUCCUGGAUAGCCAGGAGAGGGCAUUCUGGGACGUCCAUCGGCCAGUGCCAGGCUGUGUCAACACCACAGAGAUGGACAUCCGCAAGUGCCGAAGAGAGAGGAACCCACACAGGGUAAAAAAAUCGGUCUAUGGGGUACCAGAUGAUGGCCAGAGCCAGCCGAGUCCCAUCCACAUCAGCUCCCAGCAGACCAGGAAGCCCACCAAAGAGGACGUUCAGAAGGAGAUUACCUUCUUGAACAUCCAGCUGGACAGACACUGUAUGAAGGUUUCCAAAGUGGCCGACAGUCUGAUGAGCUAUACGGAGCAGUUCAUGGAAUAUGACCCCUUUGUGUCGGCCACAGAGCCCUCCAACCCCUGGAUCAGUGAUGACCCUUCCUUCUGGGACUUGGAGGCAAGUCGUGACCCCAGCCAGCAGCGUGUGAAGAAAUGGAGCUUCUCUCUGGAGGAGGCGCUAAAAGAUCCAGCAGGACGUGACCAGUUCUUGAAGUUCCUGGAGUCAGAGUUCAGUUCAGAGAACCUGCGGUUCUGGUUAGCAGUGCAGGAUCUGAAGCGACGGCCACUCCAGGAAGUGCCCUCCAGGGCACAGGAGAUCUGGCAGGAGUUUCUGGCCGAGGGAGCACCGAGCUCAAUCAACCUGGACUCACACAGCUACGAGCGCACCAGCCAGAACCUCAAAGACCCCGGACGAUACAGCUAUGAGGACGCUCAGGAGCACAUAUUCAAGCUAAUGAAAAGUGACAGCUAUGCACGCUUUUUGCGAUCCAACAUCUACCAAGACCUCCUGUUAGCCAGAAAGAAGCAGCCAGCAGACACUGAACAGGGCCGCCGCACCUCCUUGGAGAAGUUCACCCGCAGUGUGGGUAAGUCAUUGACGGGAAAGCGCCUGACAGGCCUGAUGCAGUCAUCCUGACACAGCCUGUGCUGGAGGGGCACAGCCAGACCCUGUUGGAGCGGUGACCGUCACACAGGGGCUGGGGCACAGACAGUGGAGCUGGGCUGGACAGGGCUGCUGUGGAGGCUCUCAGACACUGCUCCGAGGACUGCUGCCAUACUGGUAGUGCAACACUGGGCCUGCUGGGGGUGAACACCCCAAACAGAACCACUGAGGAAAAGAUUAUGCUGACAAGGGGAACCUCAGCCAACACACCACAUGGCAUGCAGCACACAGUAUAAGCACAUUCAGACUAGGGCUGCCCUCUUUUCAUCACUUGGUCGGCAAACUGGUCAUUAGGCCUUUUUGUUGACUAUGCCGAUCAGUUUAUAUUGUGUUCAUUUUGUUUUAUAUACAUGUUUAUUGGGUAUUAAAGCACAUAUCUGGUAUUAUAACAACAUUCUUUUAUUUAAAAACUACAUUUAAAAGCUAUUUGCUACCAUAUUUACAGUGAAUUUACUGGUUUAGUUGUCCUAAAACAGCUGGGGCCAGUCCUAACUCAGACAUACUUGCUUAAAUACAAGGUCAAAGAGGCACAUCAACACAGACAUUUUUGCAUAUGUCUCUGUACUCACAAGGCAGCCAGCAAUAAAUAAAGCGUGAGACCACUGGUUUUUUUUUUUUGGUUUUUUUUUAAAAAUAUAUCCAAAUUCUUUUUAUAUCCUUGAAAUUUCUAUAUCUGUUCCUUAUUAAGCACAUGACAUGUCAGUUAAAUAGUGAACAUAGUUUUGGCAGUAGUUAAAAAUACAAAGUUGGUUUUUCCAUAAGUUACAUUGAAUGACAAUGUCAUGCUUCAUUACAUUCCAAAAUCUGGCAUAAGGGCUUAAUGUAGCAUUUACACUAAACUGCUGCAUGUGUCAUCCAGAUGCCUUCGUUGAGGAUUAAUGUUUCGUUACAACAGUGAUUUUGUAAUGAGAUGAAUUUAAUCCAGUUGGCAAAUUGGUUCACUGCUUUCACAACUUCCAGGCUUCAAGUUCCAAAAUGUUCAGGCUGCAUGGUCAAAUUAGUCAAUUCCAAAAGCUUGAAUAACUGAGAAGCUUCAACACAAACAUGGCCAAUAUGGUUGUGUGAAUCAGUGAUUUGAGGUAUUUACUUUAGUCAGAGUUCUGGUGUGCAUCCACAUGCCUUUGGAGUCCUACUAUAGUGUAGUUUUUUUUAAAUUUCCAGUGCCAUGGGUCCAUCUAGUGGUGGUUAAACCACAGGACCAGCAACACAAGACUGUAUUAAACUGUGUUUGCAUCAUAUCGAAGGACAUGUCAAAACUAGUUGUUCUACGAUCAUGGAUUUAUUUCAAGGCCUGCAGCCCAGUAUGGGAACGUUUGUUUGGUUUUUUUGUUUGUUUUUUUACUGCAUGAAUAUAUCAUCUUUUGUUUUGUCAACAGUAAAACCUGCCCUCUUUUGUUUGGCAAAAUGUAUGCCGUGACUUUCCACCUAAUAAUCGUCACGUGUUUUAAUGACUACGGGGGAAAUGGUGCAUGUUAUUGGACCAUAAUGGAGUGUUAAAUUCGGAGAAGAUGGUUUGACUUUCCAAAGACAGCACACAGACGGGAGCAGCACUCCUCAGUGAUCAAACAUCAAAGUCCUGAAAUGCAACUGGGAACAAUAUUUGACCCGUCAUGGCUGCUGCACACUGAACAUUAAGGCCUCUGUGCGCUACAGACUGAAAGUGCUUGGACUGAGGAGAUUUUAGUGUCACAACUCCCCCAUGAGGCUAUUGACUGCUAUAGUGACACUGCUGAAUGAGUCAGUCAUCUAUUAUUUUCUAUUAGUCGUUGCAAUGCACUGUAUAGGUCGUAUUAAUUAAAUAACAUUAUCAUAAACCAAUAAUCUCAAUUAUAGGGUAGAGCGAUGCUUAACUCGAGUCGAUGUACCAAAUGUUUUCUCAGCACAAACAAUGACACUAUGUACAGGGUGCAUUGUAGGUGUAAAUUGGCUAAAUUUCAUUAUCCAAAAGCACACUUUAUUAUGAUAUGGGCACAUUACUAUGCAUGUAACAUAUUCAGGGCAUUUUGUGCUUUUAGUUUCUCAAUCAGCAAGAUAACUACUGGCACUCCAAAAGACUCAAGCACCUGUUAUCUAUUCAUGGGUACCAAAUAAUAAAAACUCUGGACCUGU